AGGAAAGAAUACAUGUCAAAGUGGGCAGAAUGUGUGUCAAUUCCAGGACAACAAGAACAAGAACAAACGCAGCAACAAUAACAACCGACAAACAGAAGCAACAACACCAAAUAAACAACAAACAAAUAUCAACAACAACAACAACAACAAACAAAGUGCAGACAACAACAACAAACCAAAGCCAGUCACGGUCAGUAAGCCCAAUGAUGAAUCUCGGCAAUACGUCCAACACAAAAAUAGAAACAAAACCCAUCCCUACACACAAACACCAAACACACACACACACACACACACACACACAGUAAAAACAUCCAAAUCCGUGUAGUGGCCGAUUCCGGUAUUGCCAGGUGGUUUUAGUAACAAAGGUAAGUCGCACAUCACAACAGUUUGGCGAUGUGGUGCGCGUCGGGGCUGGCUGGUGUGCGGCGUGCGGGGCGGGGCCUCGGGCGGUGGCACUACCAAAGCUACAAGUGUCCGUGAGUCGCAUGCAGGCGGUGGAGGGAGUGGAGGCGCGGGCUGGGAGGCAUCGGGCUUUAAGGUGACCUGUUACGGAAGGCUGGCCACGGAAAGGCCUCAAUGCCCCAAUCUCCCGAGUUUAAUCACGUAAAGGUCCCCGUCACGUGGUGGCUGCGGGACCUGUGGGCCGCGCCUGGGAGUAACAAGUGUCGGGCGAGAGGGAAGGAGGGAGGGGAGCCCCGGCCCUCCGUCCCACGUGCGUCACAGCCAUGGCUCAGUUGUUGGCUGGUGGCGGUGACGUGCGGGCGUGCGGCGCCGCCCCUCUCCUUGCCAUCUGUGGGUGACUCGAGCCUCCCGCCGGCAGCCCCGUGCCAAGCUGGGCCUGUUGAUGCCUCGAGGCUCACUCUCGCGUGCCGUCCCAUGAGCGUUGCUAUGUUCCUCCAAACUCACCUACUUCUCCAUGUAGCAACGUGGGUGACUUGGUUUGACGUCAGGCUGAGGUGGCGACAAGGUCUCCGUCAGUGAGCCCGUCAGAGCGGGGGACGCUGCGCCCUAAGUCACGUGUCGUUCAGGAGGGGGAGAUAAGGACUGUCUUGGCAACUCGAAAGUGAAGAGGGAGAGAGGAGCGAGUGAGUGAGAGAGAGGCAGAGAGAGAGAGAGGAGGAGGGGUAAAAAAAUAAUAAUAAAAAAGGCUGUUCAAUAUUGUGUAAAGCUGAUAGAGAGAUGAUAUAUAAUCAGGUUCACAUUCCAGAGUGAUUUUGGCGUGAUUGAGCGAAACGAAGCAGUGAGAAUUUGAAACUGAAAAUAAACGUAAAUAUAUUGAAGGGAAAUACCACAUUAUUACUCCUAUUUGCUAGAAAUGUAAAGAAAUAAGGAGCAUCCAGCAAAAAAAAAAAAAGAUAAACGAAAAAAAAAGGAAAAAAAAUCACCUACACUUGAUACAAAUAACAAACAAAAGGUAUUCGAUAACACUGCAGUAUUGCCAAGGAAACUGAAAACUUUAACCUUUGCUCUUGGUGUGUGACGGAGUGCGCUGGCGUGCUGAGGUGUGGGGGAGUGUGCUGCGCCCCUACAGGUGAUACCACAUGUUAUAGCAGUAGUCAAGCCAAAUCAUGCCACGCCAAGCACUUCACCGGCGGCCUGAGAGGAGCUAAGGGGGCUACAGUUCACAGUGAGGCCGCGGGAGACACACAGCGCCUAACAUGUUUGGCAAUGGUGUCACUGGUGGUGAUGGCGGGGGUGGCGGCGAUGGUGGUGGAGGUGGUAGAUGAUUCAGCCUCCACGGUGGUUGUGUGAGGAAUCUCUACUCUGUAGCUGGGCGAGAGAGAGAUAGAGAGAUAAUUCCUCACCCUCUAUCCCAUUACUCUAAGUCUGUUGAGUGAGGAAGUGUGUGGCGACAGUCAUUUUUCGUUCGGUUUUUCUUUUCCUCGUCCAUCUUGCGUCACGUGAUGGUGUCCUUUACGUAACUGCCUCGCGGUUGGAGAGUGACGCGAUGUGAAGUGUGUGUCGCCAGCAGAUUAAGACGUAAGGACAACACAUAAGGAAAAUAAAGAAAUAUUGAAACCGCCCACCUCAGAAACACGAGGACGGGAAGAAAACAAGAGUGCAAAGGAAAAUAAAAGAAUAAAGAGAGACUGACUAUUACAAGAGGCGGAGGAGGGGGAGGAGGAGGAGGAGGAGAGGGAGGAGGAGGAGGAGGAGGAGAGAAAGGAGGAGGAAAAAAAGGAGGAAAUCGUGGUGGUGGAGGUGGAGGAGGCGGAGGAGGAGGAGAAAGGGGAAGGAAGCGGAGAGUGGAAGGCGGGCAGGAUGCGAAGGGCGGCGGUGGUGGUGUGUCUGGUGUCCGUGGUCGCCACCCUCACCCUCGCUCCGCCUGGCAGCCAGUACCCUCGCAAGCAGGCCAAGCAGCGCCAUCCCCAGCCAUGGCAGCGCUCACAACACCCGACGCGGAAGUCCACCCCGCAGCUCACCACGCCUCGGGAUGGACUCAAGCCGGGUGACAAGAAGAACCUGUCAAUCGGCGUGGUCUUGCCGCACUCCACCUUCCAGCGGCGGCGGUAUGAGAAGGCCAUCAAGGAAGCGCUCUUCAACAUGCAGCGGGACCCCAACUUGCAGGAGACCUUCCGCCACUACCACUUCACUAACGACGAAGUGGUCUUGAGCACCAUGCACCAUUCCUCCAGCCCCACCAAGAUCCUGGAAACUUUGUGUGACAGUUUCCUCCCCAGCAACGUGUCCGCCAUCCUGUAUCUCUUCAACUCUGAAACCUAUGGACGAUCUACAGCCUCCGUGCAGUACUUCUUCCAGCUGGCCGGCUACCUGGGGAUCCCUGUCAUAGCGUGGAAUGCCGACAACUCUGGUCUGGAGCGGCGAACGUCCAGCCCGCAGCUUCAGUUGGCACCCUCCAUCGAACACCAGGCGGCGGCGAUGCUCUCCAUCCUGCAGCGCUACUCGUGGCCCAAAUUUGCCGUGGUCACUUCUCUCAUCGCGGGGCACAACGACUUCAUCCAGGCCCUGCGUGACCUGAUUCUGGAGCUCCCUGCCAAGAGGUCAGGUCAGGAGUUCACCAUCACCAACACCGUGCGCGUCAGUGACCCGGAGACAGACCUGAGGGAAUUGGUGAGCUCAGAGGCGCGCAUCCUCUUCCUCUACUCCACCCGCCAGGAGGCCGCCGCCAAUCAUGAACAGCGCGCAGAAAACUAGGCCUUGAAUGGCACCAACUACCUGUGGAUCGUGACCCAGAGUGUGAUCCAGAGCAACGCUGACGCCCCGGGAGAGUUUCCUGUCGGGAUGUUAGGCGUGCACUUCGAGACAACAGAGGAAGCGCUCAUAGAGGAGAUCGAGAACGCGAUGCUGGUGUUCGGGUGGGGGCUGCACGGUCACGUGAAGGACGAGAUGAGCAGAGGCGUAGUGCCCAGCCUAGCGCCCGCCCUCUCCUGCGACACCGGGGACGCCAGAUGGAGGGGCGGGGAUAAAUUCUACAGGUUUCUCAAGAACGUGAGCCUGCAGACGGACAACAAGCCGGUCACGCCCAAGCUGGAGUUCAACAGUGACGGGACGAGGCGAGCUGUCACUCUCCGCAUCAUGAACCUGCGGCCAGACGUCUCACGGAAGCUUACGUGGGAGGAGAUCGGGGUGUGGCGCUCAGGCAAGGACCAGGCGGGGUCACUGGAGGUCAAGGACAUAGUGUGGCCCGGAUACUCCCACGUGCCCCCCAACGGCAUCCCAGAAAAAUUUCAUCUGAAGAUCACCUUCAUGGAGGAGCCGCCCUUCAUCAACAUGGACCCGCCAAACCCAGAGACAGGCAUGUGCACCGCUAACAAGGGUGUCCAUUGCAGGAUUGCCUCCGACGAGAUGAUGCAAGAGGUCAACGUGAGCUGGGCGAUGCGAAACUCAGGCUACUUUCGCUGCUGUUCCGGAUUCUGCAUCGACUUGUUAGUAAAGUUCUCUCAGGAUCUCGGCUUCUCCUACGACUUCUUCAGGGUGGAGGACGGCUUCUGGGGCGCGAUUGUGAACGGGAAGUGGACGGGUUUGCCUGGUGCCAUCAUCAACGGGAAGGCGGACAUGAUUAUGACCUCCAUCAAGAUCAACUCAGAGAGGGAGGAGGUGCUGGACUUCACGGUGCCCUUCCUCGACACGGGCAUCGCGAUCGUAGUGGCCAAGCGGACUGGUAUCAUCUCCCCGACGGCCUUCCUGGAACCCUUCGACACCGCCUCGUGGAUGCUGGUGGCGCUGGUGGCGAUACAGGUAGCAGCUGUGUCUAUCUUCCUCUUUGAGUGGCUCAGUCCCUCAGGAUACAACAUGAAGCUCCAGCCUACAGCCAGCCACCGCUUCUCCCUGUGCCGCACGCUGUGGAUGGUGUGGGCCAUUCUGUUCCAGGCCGCAGUCAAUGUGGACUGUCCCCGCGGCUACACGGCCAGGUUCAUGGGCAACGUGUGGGCGAUGUUUGCUCUCAUCUUCCUGGCCAUCUACACCGCCAACCUUGCUGCCUUCAUGAUCACCCGCGAGGAGUUUUAUGAUCUGUCUGGCAUUGAGGACAAGAGGCUGCAGAACCCCACCUCCAUGAAGCCUCCCUUCAAGUUCGCCACCACCCUGCACGGCAACACAGACGUGCUCAUGAAGAAGUCUUUCCCUGUGAUGCACGCCUACAUGCGCCAGUUCAACCAGACCAGCCCGGUGGAGGGCGUGAGGGCCGUCAAGAAGGGGAACCUGGACGCCUUCCUGUACGACGCCACGGUUAUGGAGUACCUGGUGGGGCAGGACGACGAGUGCCGCCUCCUCACCGUGGGCUCCUGGUACGCCCUUACUGGCUACGGCGUCGCCUUCGCCAGGAAGUCCAAGUACCUCGAGAUGUUCAACGAGCUCAUCAUGAAAUACAGAGAAAAUGGGGAUCUGGAGAGGAUAGCACGAUUCUGGUUCACUGGAGCGUGUAGACCGAACAAGCAACAGAAGUCUUCAAGCAAACCACUAGCGCUGGAGCAGUUCAUGUCUACCUUCCUCUUACUCGGGUGUGGCAUUCUGCUGGCGCUUCUCCUACUUGGGUUUGAACACAUCUACUUCAAGUACUUCCGUCAGUACGUGGCCAAGUCCGAGAAGGGAAGCUGCUGUUCUCUUCUCAGUAUGAGCAUGGGGAAGUCGCUCAGCCUGCGGGGGGCGGUGCAGGAGGCCCAGGACGUGCUGAGGACCCACCGCUGCCAGGAUCCGCUGUGUGACACCCACCUGUGGCGCGUGAAGCACGAGCUGGACAUGGCACGCCUGCGCAUCCACCACCUGGAGCGCCAGAUGGUCACGCACGGACUCAGACCCGCCGCCAAGGAAGGUUCCACCCCAGCGACGCCUGACCCCAGCAAACCGAGGGAGGAGACGCGGAACCACGUGAUUGCCAACGAACCAAUCAGGGGCCCGCUCCUCGCCGCCAGUGGCAGCACGAGACUUCGGAGACGAGAAGUGGCGGAGUUGGAAACCGUUCUUUGAAGUCCACACAAGACCUGGUGGCCUGGCCUACUACCGCCCCGAGGGUUAAGUACUACAGGCUCAAGGUCUGAGUCACGCGCUGCACGAGAGGUGAUCCCAAGUCCAGGAGCGCCAAGGGAUGCUUAUGACUAAUCUGCGUUGACCACUAAAGGAGAGAUCAACGUUGCUCAAUGAUUAUGUGUUGGUGUUGAGGUUGCACGCUGCCCAAAAGACCAUCUAGAUAGUUUUUAAGGGAACUGAUUUGUACAGAUAGAUAGCUUGUCGACUCCCCUAAACUUUCUACUACUUUUUUUCCCCAGAACUAAAGCAUCAGUCAGCCCUCAAGGUAUCAAAAGUGAGUCAGGUACAGGUUGAAUCAGUCUACAUUACUGUUAGUCCUUCCUGUUGGAUUUCUCGCCUGAGAAUCUUAAAAUUUAAGGAUAAAAAACGAUGACAUUGAAAUAAAGAAAGCGAUAAAAUGAUAGAAAGACUGAACGAGAAGACGAUGGAAUAGACUUAAGUUUUAGGUUAAAAAUGCGAAGGUAGGUAGAAAAUCAAAAGAAAAGAUGUAGAGAAGAGAGAUGAAUAGAGAGGAAAAAGAAUGAUGAACAAAUAGAAAAGGAAUGACCAGUGAGAAAAACAAUAAAAGAAGACGAAAGAAGAUAACUAUAAAUCUAUCACGAACUUUUACUUAAAAAAAUAACAAGAGAAAAAAAGUGUCCCUAAGAAAAGAUACAGAUAGAAUUAACAAAACUGAUACGAACAAAAUCAACACAGAACACAUACAAAAACAAUCUGAAAUCCACCAUAAACUUUACACAUGAGAGAAGAAAAAUAAUGAGAUAAAAUUUUGAAAAAAAAGAAAAAACGUAAACUUUACAUAUAAUUCAGAGAAAAAAUAACCUGAAAACUUAAUAAAAAAGAUAAUUGGCAAAAAAAAAAAAAACAAUACGAACAAGAAUCAAAAGGGAACUUGUACCAGACCACCACCUGACCCACACACACAAACAUGGUGCUAUUCGUGACGUGUUCAUGACCGGACUUGGCUGCUAACCUGAUGACCUGACCUCACCUGGCUUGUGUCGCCUCACCUGCGAAUGUGUACAGGUGUUUGAAGGCGGCGCUGACGAGCGCGCGCGCGCGCGCGCGUGUGUGUUUGCGUGUGUGUGUGUGUGUGUGUGUGUGUGUGUGUGUGUGUGUGUGUGUGUGUGUGUGUGUGUGUGUGUGUGUGUGUGUGUGUGUGUGUGUGUGUGUGUCGGCAGGCAGGUGUUCCAGGCCCGUCAGGUUAAUUAAGGAUACAUUCAUACAUUCGUACACAUACAUCAAAGUUUCCUAUGGAAUUUAUUACGUGCUCCCUGAAUGAAGAUGUAGUGACAAAUAUUUUAAUAUUCUCCUUCAUAUAUGUACGUACGUACGUAGUGUGUUACUAUAAAAUUAUGUACAAAAAUGUGAAUGUUUACGUGUGUGUGUGUGUGUGUGUGUGUGUGUGUGUGUGUGAUAGCGUGUACAUACCAUUUUCCCAAAGGCAUUAUUACGGACACGUGAGGAACAGGCGAAGAAAUCUAGGCUGCUUCUGUACAUCUAAAAACAAGUAACGUCUCAUCUCCAUCCCUCUCCUCGCUUCCCUUUCCCUUCCCCCUUUCCCUUCCCGUCAGACAAAACCUUGCGCUGGUGAACCAACGACCCUCACCUCACUACCCCACUCCCUCACCCCUGUCACAGCCGGAGACAAGGAGCAGCAGCAGCAGCAGGAGGAGCAGCAGGAGAAGGAGGGCGGUGUACAAGACGAGACAGCCCUUUCCCUACUGUGUCUUCGCCCUGGACGGCUGGCUGUCACCACACGGCCUUCCUUAUGAGUCUUCUGAGUCUACUAUGAGUCUGAGUCUUCUGUGACGCCACACUCAUCUCGAUGUGAUGUAUGAUUGUGGUUCGUGGAGCGGGUUCUGUGAUGUCAUGGUGAUGUCACGGGUAUCGCAGCCCAGUGUUUGUGAAGUCUGGACAUUAUUGCGGCUGUAUGGCUGUGUGCACUCCCUCGCUCUGCCCAGUAAGCGCCACGCCCCAGGACUUGCCCGGCUGAAUACGAGUUUGUUUAUUACUGUGUGGUUGGCGGCUGAGGGGCGAGGUGGAGCGAGGCAGAAAAUCAAAAGAGUAUAUUCAUAUUUUCUUCCCAUUCCUUUUUGGUGAAUUCGUUACUUAUUCAAGUUGGUGUUUGUUGGGAUUUGUUGGUGUGUUCGGUAUUCCUUUUUUCACGGACGGACUGACAGGUUUGGGAUGGAAGACAGGAACGUAAGAACAAAUGUAAAAACUUGUCUGUCAAUGUCUUUCACGCUGCAGACGUCCUGCGUCCACCACUCAGCUGGCAAGAAACGAAACAUGUAAUACUACAUCAACACAAUUUCCUGGCUUCACUUUGCCAGCGUUCCUUGUCGCUGGAAAUAUUUUAUUAAGCCUCUUAUUAGAAAAAAAAAAAGACUCUUUGCACUUCAUUAUUAUUUCAUGCUCAAUACUCGGAGGAUUUCCAAAGAACAAAACAUAAUACGAAACAUCCUAUGCUUCCAAUACUCCACCGCAACGACUUUCUCCCCGCCCAGUAGUGUUUUAAAGCGAACAGUACGGAAUAAAAGACAUGAACUGGGAGAUAGAUACAAAGCUCCCCUCAACAAAGCGACGCUCCACUCGAAAAAACCUUUCUUCGGCAACAGUUUACGCCGAAUUAAAGCAAAUUACUUUCUUCCCGACAUUCUCCUCGACCAGAAAUGUUUUAAAGAGAAAUGUUCGGAAUAAAAAAAACAUGAAUUACGAGAUAGACACAAACCUCCCCUCAGCAAACCGACGCUCCACUCACAAACACCUCGGCAACAGUUUACGUGGAAUUAGAGCAAAUCAUCUUAGAAACACAGACGCGAGGCUUAAGAGUUGUGAGGAAGAGAGUAAUCUUAAAUAUCGUGGGAAAAGAAAGGUGGUUGUGGUGAAGCGCUGGCGGAUCUCAGGAAAGUUUUAACCGAUGAAAGAGGAAGGAAAGAGAGACGGGCGAUACUGGAGACGAAUUAGUAGAUCAAUGGUUCCCCGCGUAGAAGAGAGACACGAGGGAAGGGAAAAAAGAAAGGAGGGAAGGAAUAAAGGAAGGAAGGGUGAGCAGCAGUGAGGUUAAUGAGCAAAGGAGCAAAGGUGAGAGGGAGCGAGGACAUUACUACCUGAGCUUGGCAAAGAGGGUUCCGUUUUUUAUUGAAUGACUCGGUGACUGUGACUCCCUUUGAUUACUGAAGGGAGGAACUUGUGUAUAGCCAGCACGUCAUUGGGUUAAGUGUUUUGUACCCUCGCUGCCGCUACACACAUCGCGGGAGAGAAAAAAAUCGAUUCAGACAUAUAUGAGUGAGAAACAAAAAUAAAAAAAAAAAGGCUUCAGGUGUUAUUUCCUUGUAUUCGGGAUUAAAAAAAAAAAAGAACUAGAAUACUCGUUAAUUAAGUAUCUGAAUUAUCUAAAUGAUUCGCUGACAAAACGAAAUAAAAAUCACAAAUACAGAAAAAAAAUCAGAAAAAACUACGACACUGAUUAUAAUGCAACUAAAAAGCUUCGUCCAUUAGUAAAACGAGAAUUUACGUAUAGAGAACAUAUACCAAAACCUUCUCUUAGUCAAAUACAGAAUGAUGCAACCUGAAGCCAGGAAACCCUCGCCCAUACACUACUCAAUAACGCUGCAUUUUAAGGAGAUAGAGUGGGAGAGGCCAGGCGGAAGGAAGGGAUGGCAGCGGCAGUGAUGGCGAGGUGAGGCAGGAUGCAGGAAGGAAUAGAAGUGAGAGGAAGGGAAGGAAAUGUGCAGAGCUUGAAUGAAGGAGCAGGAAGGGAUAGCGAGAGGAAGGCAUGAAGGCAGUAAUAAAGUGGUGAAGCAGAGAUAGUAGUGAGAGCAAGGGAGGAAGAAAGGAAUAGAAAUCCGGGAAGUAAAUGGGAAACAGGAAGAAACAGUAACGAAAGAGAGAGGUAGGGAGAGGGAGAGCGAAGAAAAGUACAGGAGGUGAAUGGGGAAGCUGCAAGGGAUAGCGCAGUAGUGUUGUCAUCAUAUUUUAGUCUGACAACACCUUUACACCCUGCCCGUGUCUUUUACCCCGAGACUCGCCCCUGAACGGGAGAUAGGCAGCAGCGAGGGGAGGCUAGCGGAGGGCGGGUGAGGUGAGGUGAAGGCACCGCGUUGGAAGUGUAAAUCACAAGCCAAACGAGGGAGUAGAGAGGGCGCGAGAGGAAGGGGAAACAGUGGGAAUAAAAAUGCAACAGUGAGCUCUCUGGUUGCCCCGUGACGCUUUUCUUUCACUUCAUCGCCCGGGGAGCAGUUUCGCCGCUUUACAGAUGAAGCCAAGCGAAGGUGGGGAAAAAAAGGGGGUAGGAUAAAAAUGAAAAUACGAGGCUAGUCAAGUGAACAUACAGUAGCGUCUGGCAACGCCCACUACUGGAGACAUGCUGCUCACUCCCUCCUCGUUCUCACGGAAUUCACGACCUCUACGUUAGGAUCUUUUUACUUCUUUUCUCCUCUCUCUCUCUCUCUCUCUCUCUCUCUCUCUCUCUCUCUCUCUGUCUUUUUCUGUGUCAUACUGCUUGGCUUUCUACGAAUAAACAAAUAAAUCUUUGGCUUCCCUAAAUAUAGAAAUGUUCCCUCUACAAAUCGAGAAAAUCUUCAAACUCCGUACAUAAAGCAAUUUUUUUUUGGGGGGGUUUACCAUAAAAUACACGGUCCAGUUUGUACCAUUGUAUUUGUAUCUAUAGCCACAAUUGCUGCUCUGUGAAUGAGAGUUCUGUCAGUGAAGUGGGAGCUGCCCAGAGCAUCAAAAUCUACCCAAGAGACGUGUUACUAAGGCUUACCCUUGGAUCUAUUCACAAUUAAAACGCAAAAUAGUCUCCUCGGCUCCCUCACCCCUUUACUCACAGCGGCAUCAAGACCUUGAACUGCAAACCCAAACAAAGCCUCCCUCCUCAUCGCCUCCAAGAAUAAUACGAAGAUUACAUGCAUAUAUCGAAGGUCUCAUAAUCCUAAUCAGCUUUUCCAGGAACUUCCAUCUUCCGAGUGUUGUUAGUUCCUAAGAAAAAUAAUCUGAACUACGCGCUUCACGAAGUUGUUGGAAGUCAGGACAUGUAGUUGCAUCUGAGUUGCUGUUCCGAGGGCCAAGGAGGUGAAAGAUGACGUUACAAAUGUGAAAUGUGAGUGAGCAUGAGCGGAGCAUGGAAGACUACGCAAACACAACCAGUAGCAUGACUAGACGGAGGACUGAAUGCAAGGUAAAUUUACAAGGAUUUUGGUGAGGCCAGAUACAAGAUUUAUGGUUAUGUUGGGUUUGUUACAGAAGUAGAGAAUGAUGUUGGAUCUGGUAAGGUAUAGAUUUUUCUGGCACUACAGGGGCGUGGUGAAUAAUUUUGGGGUUAUGGUAGGUAUGGUAUACAAGAAUUUGGGGAUCAUGUUGGGUUUGAUAUAGAAGAGUUUGGAAUCAUUGCGGCUGGGUAAAGAAGAUUUUGGGAAUUAUGUUGGAUACGGUAAGCAAGAUUUUAUAGAGGCAUGGUAAAAAAUUUGGGAUUAUGGUGGGUUCUGUAUACAAGAACUUAGCAUCAUGACAAGUUUGGUAUACAAGAAUUAGGAAUUAUGAUAAGUUUGGUAUACAUGAAUUUGGAGCCACGACAAGUUUGGUAUACAAGAAUUUAGAGUCACGACAAGUUUGGUAUACAAGAAUUUGGAGUUACGAUAAGUUUGGUAUACAAGAAUUUGGAAUCAUGGCAGGUUUGGUACACAAGAAUUUGGAAUCGUGACAAGUUUGGUACACAAGAAUUUGGAAUCGUGGCAAGUUUGAUAUACAAGAAUUUGGAAUCAUGACAAGUUCGGUACACAAGAAUUUGGAAUCAUGACAAGUUUUGUAUACGAGAAUUUGAAAGGUUAUGGAGCGUCGCUAGUCAACAUACAACAGCUUCGGACACCACUUGUUUUCAUUUUGUGGCACGACGGACUUGUGAUCCUGUGAGUUUUUUUUUUUUUUCCAUUCAAUGUGACUUACUAUUGGUGUGCUUCCAUCCCCGCGAUCACAUUAUUGCCACCACGCAGUAUUCUCAACUUCAGUAUUCAUUGAUCCGUUUUCUGGGGAGUAGUAAAUCUUCCAUUCAUUAUUACAAACGUGCGUAUACUCAUUGCUAUUAUCAUUAUUAUUGUUACCGUUGUUUUUACCGGACAGAACAUAUUAAUCGUGUUUAAGCUACAUGUUAUUUUUGUAUAGGGUAAGAUGAACAUGUCAGAGAGAGAGAGAGAGAGAGAGAGAGAGAGAGAGAGAGAGAGAGUAUGCUUUGUAUAUGGGAGAUCUUUAUCAUUAUAUUUGUAAUUAAUGUAAUGUUAUUUUUUCUCCAUUUGUGUAUCGUUUCUACAUGUAUGUGUGUAUGAAUGUGCGUCCACGUGGUUCCGUUUCAUCAAAGUGUGUGUUACUUUACUAGUGUGUGGGUUUUUGUUGUGCUUUUACGAAAAAAAAAAUCUCAAUGGUUAUGUGUAUAUUGUAAAAGCGAGUGUUGCGGGUAUGUCUGUGUGUGUGUGUGUGUGUGUGUGUGUGUGUGUGUGUGUGUGUGUGUGUGUGUGUGUGUGUGUGUGUGUGUUCCCCUGAGCCUGGUGUUCCGCAAGGCUCGGUGACCAGCGGCUCGGUUAGUGAUUACGUUUCCGUUCGCCUUGUCACGCCGCGACACGCCACACCCACGGCGGCCCCUCUCGGGCGCCCACACGGAGGGGACAGACACGCUAUUUAUACAUAGGAAGUAUACAUGUGUACCACCACCCCGUGUACCCUGCUGGUGCACGGACCUUUGUUCUCCUGCACCGUGACGCACGUUUGGUGAACAUGACGAUGGCGACCCGAACCCCCACACGUCACCUUCCUACUCCUCGCCCCCUGUCCUUCCCUCAUCCCUUCCCGUUUCCCAUCCACUCCCUCUCCUCCCCUUAUCCCUUCCCCUUUUCCAUCAUCACUUUCCUCCAUUCUCUCUUCCCCUUUUCCAUCCACUCCCUCUCCUCCCCUUAUCGCUUUCUUUAUAUAUAUAUAUAUAUAUAUUUACCUUCUUUCACGUCACUUCCCUGCUUCUCCUUUAUUUUAUCUUCUCUCUUCCCUUUCCUAAUUCUUUGAUACGUCGUUUAUCUUUCCUUAUCCCUACUCCUUAUUCCCCCUACAUCUCACUUUCCUUCCUCUUUCCCUUCUCUAUCUCCCAGCACGUCACCUUCCAUUUUCCUACCCAUCCCUCUUCUCCUUUCCCUUCCAUAACACAUUACCCCCUCCUCCCACCCAUCUUCCCUUCUCUAAACCUUAUCUUCUACUCCUUCCCUACAACUCCUCCAGCUAAUCCUCCUCAGUUCCUCUCCUCCCCCACACUCUUCAUCCACUUCAUCUACGUAUCAUUCCCUCUCCUACUUCCCACUAAUCCCAUCUUCCUAAUACCCAUUUCUCAUCACAUCCUCCCAUCCCCAUUAAAACUCUCAUUUCUCGUUCAUCCUUUCUACAAAAAUCACUUCCUUUCUCUUCUCUUUGUUUUUUAUAGGCUAAUAAAUCCCAUAUUUGAUUCCUCCUCCUCCUAGUCAUGUCCUCCUCCUAGACCUGUCCUUCUCUUCUCUUCCUCCUCCUCAUCCUCCUCCUCCCCUUAGCACCUAUUUAUGUACGUACGUCCAUUCUGUUCUCCCCUUUAGGGUUUAAGGCUUUGGUCAUUAAUGCUGUACACCUGUAUUGCUCUCCGCUGUAAAUACUAUAUAAAUGAUCCCCACCUCC